GUGAUGAGCGCAAUAAUGGAAGAGGCAGAACACAAAACUGAAGAAGGUCUUAAUCCGACCCGACCCGUAGAAUCGCCAGGAAUCAGGAAGAAGAAGAAAUUAAAGAAAAAAUCAACAGUACUAACAGAAGGUAAAAUUCCGUUUCCACCACGUGGUGAAGGUCAGGUGUUAAGCGAGAACCAUUCGGAUACAGUAAAGGAGGCGAAAGUUACAGGGAAUUCUUCGAUCGAGACACGCUUUCAAGGUGCGCAACCAAAGCAAAUAAAAAUUAAUCCUUGUACUUCUUGUGGUGGAAGUCACGGAGAAAAUAGGAAAUGCCCUGCAGUGUACUGGUUUUGUUUUUCCUGCUAUAACUAUGGGCAUUCAAAAAAGAUGUGCCCAUUUAGAGGCUCUACAGGUUUUAAGCGUGCACUGAAAGACGCAAAUCCGCAAUGUUCAAAUUGUGGUCUACACCAUAGCGCAGAUUUAAAGUGCUCCUCCAUAGUGACUAGUCGACGGCGGCGGCGUUGUUACGCUUGUCUAGAUUUUGGACAUAGGGAAAAGAGGUGCCCAUUGAGGGAUACGGUCAAUUAUAAACUGACAAAGGGGCGUGCCAAUAUGAGUAGAUGUCCGAAAUGUGACCGACGCCAUAAGAAACGCUUGGAAUGCGUUACAGUUCCGUUGAGAUCAGCACCAUUGGGAUCAAUAAGUGAGGUACCGAAGUUCGGUAAAGUUGAUGCAGCGUUGGACAACGGCAUGAAUGUGAGGGUGACGACGAUGGACGCCGAACUUGAGUUCGCGAUCCAACAAACCACCACCGGAAAACAACUCUUCGAUCAAGUUAUUAAAACCAUAGGCCUUAGAGAAGUUUGGUUCUUUGGCCUCCAAUAUACAGACUCGAAAGGAGACUUAACAUGGAUUAAACUUUAUAAAAAGGUGAUGAACCAAGAUGUCAAGAAGGAGAAUCCACUUCAGUUCAAAUUCCGUGCCAAAUUCUAUCCCGAAGAUGUAGCCGAAGAACUAAUUCAAGAUAUUACACUACGCUUAUUCUAUUUGCAAGUUAAGAACGCGAUUUUAUCAGAUGAAAUCUAUUGCCCGCCCGAAACGUCGGUACUUUUGGCCUCGUACGCGGUUCAAGCGCGACAUGGCGACUUCAAAAAAGGAACUCACAGCGCUGGCUUCCUUGCAAACGAUAGACUUUUACCUCAACGAGUUUUAGACCAACACAAAAUGUCGAAGGAGGAAUGGGAACAGAGCAUAACAACUUGGUGGCACGAACACCGUGGUAUGCUGCGCGAGGAUGCCAUGAUGGAAUAUCUUAAAAUUGCUCAAGAUUUGGAAAUGUACGGCGUCAAUUACUUCGAUAUCCGCAACAAGAAAGGCACAGAGCUUUAUUUAGGCGUCGACGCGCUUGGUUUGAAUAUUUACGAAAGAGACGAUAGGUUAACACCGAAAAUUGGUUUCCCGUGGUCCGAAGUUCGAAAUAUUUCCUUUAAUGAUCGUAAAUUUAUAAUAAAACCUAUAGAUAAGAAGGCCCCAGAUUUUGUGUUCUUCGCUCCAAGAGUACGUAUCAACAAGCGAAUUUUGGCAUUGUGCAUGGGAAAUCACGAACUGUACAUGCGCCGUCGUAGACCCGACUCAAUCGAUGUUCAGCAAAUGAAAGCUCAAGCGCGUGACGAAAAAAUUGCUAAGCAACAACAGAGAGAAAAAUUGCAACAAGAAAUUGCCGCUCGUGAACGGGCCGAAAAGAAACAACAGGAGUACGAAGAUAAAAUUAAAACGAUGCAGGAGGAGAUGGAGAGAAGUCAGGCCAGCUUACUAGAAGCUCAGGAGAUGAUUAAACGAUUGGAAGAUCAACUCCAACAGUUGCAAGCGGCCAAGGAAGAGCUCGAAAUGAGACAGAAAGAACUUCACGCCAUGAUGGAACGUUUAGAGCACAACAAGUCCAUGGAGGCCGCCGAACGUCAGAAAUUAGAAGACGAAAUUAAGAUGAAACAAGAGGAGGUAAUGCGUAUCCAAUUAGAGGUGGAAGCUAAAGAUACUGAAACUCGACGUCUUCAAGAGGAGGUCGAGAACGCUCGCCGAAAGGAAGAAGAGCUGAAAGCCCAACAACUCGCCAAUGCGACCAAGGGGCAUCUUAAAGAGGAGAACAUUCACGAUGAAGAUGAUGAGUUAGUUAACGGGGACGUGAGUCGAGAUCUGGACACAGAUGAAAACAUAAUAGAUCCUAUUAAUGAACGGCGUACGUUAGCAGAGCGCAAUGAAAAUCUCCAGGGCCAGCUUUUGACCUUAAAGCAAGAUCUUGCACAGCUGAGAGACGAAACAAAAGAAACCGCAAUGGAUAAAAUUCAUAGGGAGAACGUUCGUCAGGGCCGAGAUAAAUAUAAAACUCUACGCGAAAUUCGCAAGGGCAACACUAAACGUCGAGUGGAUCAGUUUGAAAAUAUGUAAACUUGCGUACUGAUAUAACUCAAUUUGGGCUUAACAAUUAUACAUUUAUAUAAAUAACUCACAAAUGCUCAAUAAGAAUUUUUAUUACCGUACAUUUCAGCAUUUAUACUUACUAGAUAAGUAUUAUUCUCGUCCGUCACAAAAUCAAAGUGGUGCCUACAGAGGGGCCUUUAAAAUACGUUUAGUCAUCUGUUCUGUCAUGAAAAAAAAUUUGAAAUGCAUUGUGAUAACCAUCUUCUUGCUCUUUCGGUAACUCACUUUGUAAAGGCAUUCCAUUUAGAGAUUUAUUUUAAAAGCAAUAGUAGUGUCCUUGAGUUAGUGCCAUUUUUUUAAUCUCCACGCGGCUUGUUUUCUCAACUGUGUUCAUUUUUAAGAUCAUUUAUGACUAAGGAGGUUUAAAAUUGUUACCCAAUAUUAUUGUGUUGCAUAAAUGAUCUUAAUAUGGCCAGUUUGCAUAUUACAGAAGCAUUUAAUUUCUCAUUAAGCAUUAAUUUUUGUUGUUAAUUUUAGGCAUGCCAAUAACUGUUGUAAAUCUCGAUCAUAAACAGGUGCUUCCCUAUAAAAUGUAUAUAAGUGACACUCAGAUAUUUUAAUACCUAUUGUAGGAUAAUGAACUACGGCGACUAGCCUCCAUUCAUAGCCUAUUUUUUAAUGUAUAUAAAUACCGUUGUUGCCUUUUGCCUUUUAUAUUAUUAGGUUUGGAAGAUAUUUACUGUAGUUUUGUUUUUUUUAAUCGCGUUUAUUCUGAUUUUUAAUAAUUGUAUAAAAAUUAAUUUUUAGUUAUGGAAUUUAGGUACACAUUUUAAUGUUUUCUAAUUAUCAAAAGUGUUGACUGUAUACAUCAUUUUAUAUAGAAGAACUUUUCUGGCAGUAUCACACAUCAAACUUGUGUAUUACACUUUCUUAAAACCACAUUUAUAGUUUUAUUGUACUUUAAGUUAGUUAUUUUUUGAGUUAAUAUUAUGUAUGUAGGGCAAAACAAAAAUAUAUUAUUACUAG